UUGUUUCACGGCCACCAGUCAUGCGUUCCAGUCAUGGCGGUGGCGUGGACUACUCGGCGUUUCUGAAAAGGCAUCUCAAAAUGAGUAACGUGCUCAACGAUCGACAUAUCAAGUACACAGCCGACGAACUGAAGGAUGUUAUAAGGUGCAGUACGGAAUUGCUAAAAAUGGAAGGCACUCUAGCCGAGAUCAAUCCGCCUAUUGUAAUUGUCGGAGAUAUUCACGGCCAGUACAUAUUUCUUGGCGACUAUGUGGAUCGUGGCCGUCGAUCGCUUGAGUGUGUUUGCCUCGUACUAACCCUGAAGAUAUUGUUUCCUCGUAAGUAUCAGCUACUGCGGGGCAAUCACGAAUGCAAAGGUAUCAAUCGUGUAUAUGGAUUUUACGACGAAGUUCUUGACCGAUUUGAAAAAUCCUCGAUCAUCAUGUUAGGCAUUCCGUUCCAGGAAGAAGCUGAAAAAUUAUGGUUUGGCUUCAACGAAGUGUUUGCUUGGUUACCUUUGGCUGGACUGGUUGGCAAGAAAAUCCUUUGCAUGCAUGGAGGGAUAUCAGCCUACUUAAAUUCACUCGAAGAUAUUCGAAAGAUCCAACGACCCAUGGACGAACCGAAUAAUAACCCUCUUGCCAUGGAUCUUUUAUGGGCUGAUCCGAUGCUCAACAUUCAGGGCUAUGCGCCAAACACAGUCAGAGGGGUGGCAACAUUUUUUGGUGAAGACACCGUGAUCCAAUGUUGUGAAAAGUUACGAGUCGAUUUGAUUGUUCGUGCUCACCAGAUGAUGAUGUCCGGUUAUGGUUUCUUUUGCAAUCGGAAGCUAAUAACCAUUUUCACUGCUCCUAGAUAUCAGCCGGAAGCUGUGAGUAUCAUUUGA